AUGUCAAGGGCUUGUCUAGAUAGAUUUCUAGUCUCUCCUUGCUGGCUUGAUCAGUUCAGUAGGGUGAGCCAGCGGAGGCUUCCCAGGCCGAUUUCGGACCACUUUCCAGUAUUACUUGAGGGGGGUAGUUGGAGGAGAGGGCCUGCCCCCUUCAGAUUCGAAAAUAUGUGGUUCAAAGUCGAGGGGUUUAAGGAAUUAAUCUGGAGUUGGUGGCAGGGAAUAGAGGUCAGGGGUAGUGCCAGUUUUAGAUUAUCAGCGAAAUUGAAGGAUCUGAAGCAGAAGCUUAAAGUUUGGAAUAGGGAGGAGUUUGGUAAUCUGGAAAGUAACAAGGAGGCUGCGAUUCAGCAAGUGGAGUAUUGGGACAGAGUAGAGGAUGAAAGGAGCUUGUCAAUGGAGGAAUUAGCUUGUAAGAAGGAAGCCAAGGAGGUUUAUGCCAAGUGGGUUGAUCUGGAAGAAACUCACUGGAGGCAGGCGUCUAGGGAACUUUGGUUGAAGGCAGGUGAUAGGAAUACGAGAUAUUUCCACAGUAUGGCGUCUGCCCAUAGGAGAGUUAAUCACAUGGACAGAAUUAAAAUUAAUGGGAUUAAACUGACAGAGGAGUGGGAAAUCAGAGAGGGGGUAGCAAAUGCUUUUAAGCAGCAAUUUUCCGAAAGUCCGGGGUGGAAGGCGGACAUUGGAAGCCUCCCUUUUAAUCAAAUUUGUGUGCAAGAGGCAGAGAUGCUGGAGGCUCCCUUCUCUGAAGGUGAAGUCCAGUCGGCCCUGAUGGAAUUGAAUGGGGAUAAAGCCCCAGGUCCUGACGGGUUCUCUGUUUUCUUUUGGCAAUGCUAUUGA